AUGGCCCAGGACCUCGAGAAAGCCCAACACAAAGGCUCCAAGUCUUCCAUUGACGUUACCUCAUACCUCUCACAGCCUGCGCAUAGCCUUACCUUUGACGAUGCCAUUCGCGAAUUGGGCACCAACUCAGACGAUGGUCUCACCUCCGGAGAAGCGAGGUUGCGCAUUGAGAAGUAUGGCGAGAACAUCUUGCAGGGGGACGACGGAGUCUCCUUUGCAAAGAUUGUCAUUCGACAAAUUGCCAAUGCCAUGAUGCUUGUCCUUAUCAUUGCCAUGGCAGUCAGUUUUGGCAUAGCGUCCUGGAUUGAAGGUGGCUUCGUUGCAGCCGUCAUUGCUCUCAAUAUUGUUGUUGGAGUUUACCAGGACUUUGCUGCCGAAAAAACCAUGGACUCAUUGCGGUCUCUGAGCUCCCCGACAGGUGUUGUUACCCGCGAUGGUAAAACCGUUACCGUGCCUGCCAACGAGAUUGUUCCGGGUGACAUGGUUGAGCUCAAAGUUGGAGACACUGUGCCUGCAGAUAUAAGAUUGGUGGAAGCUUUCAACUUCGACACCGAUGAGGCUCUUCUGACAGGCGAAUCACUCCCAGUCACUAAAGAGGCCGAUGCCACAUUCGACACUGAUACCGGGCCCGGAGACCGGUUGAAUAUCGCCUAUAGCUCAUCUACCGUCACCCGUGGACGUGCGAGAGGAGUUGUCGUGGGCACUGGCAUGGGAACCGAGAUUGGUGCCAUCGCCGCGGCUCUUCGCGGUGGUGAUUCUAAGCGCCGUCAGGUGAAGCGAGGCCCAGAGGGCGAAACCAAGAAGCGCUGGUACAUUCAGGCUUGGACUUUGACCACCACCGAUGCGAUCGGUCGCUUCCUGGGUACCAAUGUCGGAACUCCUCUGCAGCGCAAGCUAUCCAAAUUGGCCCUGCUUCUCUUUGGUAUCGCUGUCAUUUUUGCAAUCGUUGUUGCCGCAGCCAACGAUUUCCGUGGUGAUGCCGAAGUGAUUAUCUAUGCUGUUGCUACUGGACUGGCCAUGAUUCCAGCUUGUCUUGUCGUUGUUCUGACGAUAACUAUGGCCGUCGGAACUAAGCAGAUGGUGCAGCGAAAUGUCAUUGUCCGCAAACUUGACUCCCUCGAAGCCCUCGGUGCAGUCACUAAUAUCUGCUCUGAUAAGACUGGUACUCUUACCCAGGGUCGUAUGCUCGCUAAGCGCGCUUGGAUUCCUUCGGUCGGAACCUAUUCGGUUGGACCCUCAAAUGAUCCGUUGAAUCCAACCGAGGGAGACCUGAGCCUUAUAUCUGAAAGGCCCGUCAACCUUGGCGUGGAUUUAAAGUCCGAUCCCGCUUCGCCCGACGAUUUGCUGGAUAAUGAGCUGCUCAAGUCUUUCCUUAAUGUUGCCGCGAUGGCCAAUCUUGCUCACGUUCAUAAAUCGGCCAAUGAUGAAUGGCAGGCUCGCGGCGAGCCAACCGACGUUGCCAUCCAGGUGUUCGCAUCGCGAUUUGACUGGGGACUUGAUCGCUGGACAAAGGGUGAUAACCCAGUCUGGCAACAGAAAGCCGAGUAUCCAUUUGACUCCAGCGUGAAAAAGAUGUCUGUUAUUUUCGCCAAAUCUGACGCAGACUCAGAAUCUCAAAUGAUUUUUAGCAAGGGCGCCGUUGAGCGUGUCCUUGAGGCCUGCACGACUAUCACCUGGCAGGAAGGUUCCGAGCCAGUUCCUCUGAAUGAUGAAAUUCGUGAUGAGAUUCUGCAGAACAUGGAAGCGCUAGCAAAGGAGGGACUGCGUGUGCUUGCCCUCGCCGGUCGGGAGCAUACCUCGAACAAGGAAAGCGACGAGCCUCUUCCUCGCGAGGAGAUCGAGAAAAACCUUGUUUUCUAUGGUCUUAUCGGACUUUACGACCCACCUCGCCCCGAAACCGCCGGUGCGAUUGCUCAAUGCUAUAAGGCCGGUAUUUCCGUGCACAUGGUGACCGGUGAUCACCCCGGCACUGCUCGUGCAAUUGCAGUCCAGGUGGGAAUCAUCCCCGACAACAUGAACACCCUUGCCAAGGAAGUCGCCGAUGCGAUGGUUAUGACCGCUAGCGAAUUCGACAAGCUCUCCGAAGAUGAAAUUGAUAAUCUGCCUACUCUGCCUCUCGUCAUCGCCCGAUGUGCGCCUAACACCAAAGUUCGCAUGAUUGAUGCUCUGCACCGAAGGGGUAAAUAUGUGGCUAUGACUGGCGAUGGAGUGAAUGACUCACCGUCUCUGAAACGUGCUGAUGUCGGCAUUGCCAUGGGUCAAAAUGGCUCUGAUGUUGCCAAGGAUGCUUCGGAAUUGGUUUUAACCGAUGACAACUUUGCUUCUAUUAUCAAUGGUAUCGAAGAAGGGAGGAGAAUCUUCGACAAUAUUCAGAAAUUUGUCCUGCAUCUUUUGGCUGAGAACGUGGCCCUUGCAUUGACUCUGCUCAUUGGUCUUGUGUUCAAGGACGAUACCAAUCAAUCCGUGUUUCCUAUUGCGCCGGUUGAGAUCAUCUGGAUCAUCAUGGUCACUUCCGGUCUUCCUGAUAUGGGUCUGGGAAUGGAAAGGGCCUCCCCAGAUGUUAUGGACCGACCUCCGCAAAGCAAACAAGGAAUAUUCACCUGGGAAAUCAUCAUCGACAUGCUUGUCUACGGCUUCUGGAUGGCUGCACUCUGCCUAUCUGCCUUCACUCUAGUAUUAUUCGGCUGGGGCGACGGAAACCUCGCACAAAGCUGCAACACCCAAUACAAUGACGCCUCGAAACCUUACGACUGUGACACUGUCUUCCGUGCCCGCGCUACAACAUUCACCUGCAUGACCUGGUUCGCGCUCUUCCUCGCCUGGGAAAUGAUGGACCUUCGCAAAAGCUUCUUCCGCAUGCAACCUGACUCUAAGCGCUAUUUCACGCAGUGGAUGCAUGAUAUCUGGCGCAAUCAGUUCCUGUUUUGGGGCAUCAUGGCUGGAUUCGUACUUGCGUUCCCGAUUCUUUAUAUUCCUGUUAUCAACCACCAGGUAUUUAAGCAUUCGAGCAUUUCAUGGGAGUGGGGUAUUGUCUUUGUUGAGACAGUGCUGUUCUUUGUUGGCAUUGAGGCUUGGAAGUGGUGUAAGCGCUGCUAUUUCAGGCGUCAGGAAAGGAAGACGAAGAAGGCGGGUGAUGCGCCGAGAGAUGAGCAUCGCCGCUUGAAGGAUUUCAGUCGGCAUACUACUAUGAGUCGCUCGGAGACCCAAGCAACUGGCGACAUGAAGGUUGAACAGUCAAUUGUUUGA